AUGGCUGAUACCUACCUCGACCCGAUCAACCGCAAAUUUGCAGACGCUGCUGCCGCAGGUCCACCUCUGUACACAAAGUCUUUCCAAGAAGCUCGGGAUAUCCUAGAAGGCAUACAGAACUACAAGACCGCCGCUGAUAUCAAGACGGAAGAGAUUAAAGUUCCCGUCAAAGGAGAGGAUGUUACCACUGUUAUCUUCCGCCCUACAAGUGCCCAGGGUACUCUCAACAUGAUCUUCUACACCCAUGGCGGUGGAUGGAUUCUCGGAAGUCCCACUGCGCAUGGAGCCUUGAUGGAGGACUUUGCACGCCAGACUGGGGCUGCAGUUGUCUUUCCCUACUACACUCCAGCUCCCGAGGCCCAAUACCCUGUUCAAUUUGAGCAAGUGUAUGGUGUGUUGGAGCAUUUCGUUACUAAUGGAGACAAGUACAAUCUCAAAGUUGAUCGCUUUGGCCUUGCUGGCGACAGUGUUGGUGGACACAUGGCUAUCGCGAUGACUCAACUUGCCCAGAGCCGCAAUCUACCAUCCACGAUCAGCCAGAUAGUUCUCCUCUAUCCAGUUACAGAUACUCACAGUAAGAGCGAAACAUACAAGAUCUACAAGGAUGGACCUUAUCUUAGCGAGAAGACAAUGGACUGGAUGAUUCCCGCAUUCCUGCCCAAUGAAGAAGAUCGAAAGCUCGCCCUGACUUCGCCUCUCCAAUUUGCUCCGGAUGAGGUCCUUGCCAAGUUCCCACCCACGACUGUUUUUGUGUCUGGUGCUGAUCCAUUGAUUAGCGAAGGAGAGGCAUUCGGACACCGCCUUCAACAGCUUGGAGUUGAUGCGGCAGUCCUCAAGGCAGAUGGACAGGUUCAUGAUUUUGCAAUGCUGGCACCUAAUAUUACUGAGCCCCCAGAUACCACCUCAACCCCUCCUCAAAUAGUCACUGCUUACAUCCUCGAGAUAAGUGUUACUCGAUUGCAGUUCACACUCUUUCUACCAGAAAAACAAAUAAUAUUUUGCGAAAUGGAGGACCACAGCAAUUUAAGGUCUCUAAUUACUCCCUCGCUAUUGACCCAAAUCGCCGAAGCCUACCUCCCACUCCCCAAGACAGAACCGGUCGACUUUUCUGAAGCUCAGUCGCCCGACUUCGCCGCCAACUUCGCAGAAAUCUGCAAAACAAGCACUGCCAGAGAUACCCUGCUCGGUUUGAGCCGACUCAAUCCAGAUGGAACUCUUCCCUCCAAUGAAGACUUGGACUUGAUGUCGUUCCUUCCGCCACCGGCUUCACCAGACUUCCCUCUGCAAUGUUUCGGCCUGCAAUUGCUCCUGGACCAAGCCUCGAGAGUUCUCCUCGAAGGCAUCGACGGUCGUUGGCAAGUUGCCUACUUUGGCCCUUUAGCAAGGCGUCUCGCUGGACAAUGGCGUGCAUUGCCAGAGGCUCAGCAACCGUACAAACGGCAUCGAUGGAACGACGAUGUUGGGGCCACUAGCUUCGGUUACUGGGUAGCACUUCAGGUAAUGUGGGCGGCACCAUUCCUACAUGCCGAAGAUCUAGAGAGUCAACAGAUUGGCCUCGACCUAUCAGAGGAGUUGAGACAAGCUGUUGAAGCACACACCAACACGCGAGAUCCAUAUCGUGCAACUCGAGACGCCACGUUGAAAGACGACCUUUUCUUCUUGAGGGAAGUUGUCAAAGGACCCCCAAAGGCGGCCGGAGAGUCUAGUCUCAGUAUGACAAGUUGGACCUUCUGGUGGUGUAUAAUCCUAGACUCUCACUGGCCCAUCAUCGAGAGAUUUGGUCGGUAUCCAUACCGUAAUGGACAUUUUGGUAGAGAGAGCACAGAGGCAGAGAAGAAAUGGCUGGAUGAUAUUGGACACUUUAGUGAGGCGUCUCCUGAAGUUGCACAACGAAUCCGGGAGGACGUGGAGAAAGGUCGCUGGACGCCUUUGGGGGAGGAGUGA